AGUUAAAAGUAGGAAUGUCUAAGUAUCAAAUGCAUGAACCUUUUUCCAUAUUAAGUCAUUGUGCUGUGCUGUAUUGACGUUUGAGAAUGUGCUGCCGGAUCUCCGCCACCAGAUGGCGCCCGCGGGGGUGAAACCAUGAGUUAAACGUUUAGACCAGCCCACAUUUAGGGAAAAUUUAAGCUCCUCCUCGAUCUGUGAGCUGCAGUCAGGGGCACUUGGGUCAGGGACUAGUGGGUCUGGGAGGAGUCGAGUCUGAGAACGAAGGAGAGGAACGAGAGAAGAAUCAUGCGGUUCGUUCUUGUUAAAGAUUCAUUCAUUCGAACUGAUUCGGUUGCGAACGACCCAUCACUGAUGUAACCGAUUGUGUGGAUAUCGACAGCAUUGGAAGGACGACACCGCUACACAGGACUCAACGUCUGAACAUCUGGAUCAGUACCAACUCUCCUCGGCGAAGCUACAAACCUCUGACAAGCCAGCACAUCAAGUGCCAACAUUCAGCUUCUCUCAAGGGAUGUUGCCUGCCAGACAGACCACCUGGGAACAUGCUGUAGGCACACAGACUUUGCGGCCCAACUUUAAAAGUGAAGAAGACUGCGAUGCCUUUGGAGACCGCAGCUCGCAGCGCGGCGCCACCUCGGAGAGUCUGGGUGUGGACGCCCCUGGCUCCUCCCUCAUGUCCAGUCACAGCGAGGAGCUGAAGUUCCUGAGCGUCUACGUAAAAAGGGAGGGCCCACUGGCGACGGACGGCCAUGACACCCUCUUCACAGCGUCAGAAGUGGAGGCCCUGAACUCGCUGUCCGCUGACCACAGCGUGGCCAAGAGCCUGAACUGCAGCGUGCAGCUCGUCCACCUUGAGGAGCUGACUGGGCAUCGGGGCGGCCGCAAGGGCCGGCCCGGUGUCUUGUGUGGCAAGGUUUUCCCCAACGAUGCCAAUAUGAUCGUCCCCAUGAGGACCCACAACGACGAGAAGCCCUACAGGUGCGACCAAUGCAUGAAGCGCUUCCAACGGCAAUGCCUCCUGAAGCGCCACAUGAUGACUCACUUCGCGGAGAAGCCCUACAAGUGUCAUCAAUGCACAAAGCGCUUCAGUUGGAUAAGCUACCUGAAGCGCCACAUGAUGACUCACUUCGAGGAGACGCCCUACAUGUGUGACCAAUGCGCGAAACGCUUCAGCCUGAAAGGCGUCCUGAAGAUCCACAUGAGGAGGGCUCACUCUGGGAAGAAGCCCUACAGGUGUGACCUAUGCACAAAGCACUUCGAACAGCAAUGGGACCUGAAGCGCCACAUUAGGACUCAUUUCGGCGAGAAGCCCUACCAGUGUGGCAACUGCACGAAGCGCUUCAGUCGGAAAAUCAACCUGAUGCGUGGUCAGGGUCAGCAAAUAUUGGCCGAGUUACAGAGUAUUUCAGAGGGGGAAUCUGAUGGAGAAGCAGAGGAGCUGGCAUGCGAGCUAGAGAGUGAUGAUGAGAGAGCUGAUGAUGGAAGUGGCGCUGUUAAAGAAUCUGAUUCAGGUUCAGAAUCAGAACCUGAGGCGACCACAUCAAUGGAAGAGACAUCACCCUCCAUGCAAGAGAAAGCACGAGAUGGUACCAUAUGGAUUGAACAACCCCCUGGCCGUUCGAGAGGCAGAGCAACAGAGGCCAAUGUCAUGAGAGAACCUCCAGGGCCCACACCUCGCGCCAAGGAAAAUAUCACAGAUCCACUGAGCAGUUUACUGUGUUUGCUUGACACGGAAAUGUGGGAACAGAUUCUAAAGUAUACUCAGGCCGAAGCUGACCGAAACAAUGCUCAUAUGUUCAAUGCGACAAUGGACCAACUAAAAGCAUUUGUGGGUCUCGUUUAUUUGAGAGGUAUUGCCGGCGGGAAAAACCUGAAACUGGAGGACUUCUGGUCUGCUGAAAUGGGAAAUCCGGUUUUCAAGGAAACAAUGUGUCGCCAGAAUUUCAGAGAUAUCAUGCGCUAUCUGCGCUUUGAUGACAAGAGCACAAGGGCUGCCCGCCUUCUGGAGGACAAAUUUGCCAUGAUAUCAGAGACGUUUGAUCGAUUUGUGAAAAACAGCACUGCUUCUUACACGCCUGGGGAGAACAUAACAGUUGGUGAACAAUUGUUCCCCACCAAGGCGCGCUGUCGUUUCACACAGUACAUGGCAAAUAAACCGGAUAAAUUUGGCAUAAAAUUCUGGGUAGCCGCUGAUGUUGAAACCAAAUACAUGUUGAAUGCCCAUCCCUAUCUAGGGAAAGACAACAGUAGGCCAUCUGGACAGCGCUUAUCAGACAAUGUUGCGCUUCGUCUGAUGGAGCCAUUCCUGGAGAAAGGAAGAAAUGUAACGACGGAUGAUUACUUUACCUCGUUACCGCUGGCAAACACUCUUUUGGCGCACAAAACCACCAUUGUUGGCCCAAUGAAUAGAAUCAGACGAGAGAUGCCCCCGUGUACAAAGGCACAGAUGGAAAGAUUCUCCUCCAAGGUGCUGAGGGCUGGGGAAGCCACACUCACCAUUUACCAGGGAAAACCACGCAAAAACGUCAGCCUCCUCAGCACAAUGCACCAGACAGUUUCAACUGACAAGGGCCCCAAGAAAAUGCCCGAAACUGUUUCCCACUACAACAGCACUAAAUAUGGCGUUGAUGUUAUGGACCAGAUGGCACGCUUGUAUUCAGUGAAGGGAGGGACCAGGCGUUGGCCUGUAGCUGUGUUCUACAACAUCCUAGACCUGGCUGCAAUCAAUGCACACAUUCUGUACAAACAGUGCAUGGGCGUCCACAUGACCAGGAAGAGAUUUAUUCUGGAGCUUGUGAAACAGCUGUGUGCGCCUCAGAGAAUGGCCAGGACUGCGUCAUUAGUCGCAGCAUCAGUGGCACGUAGGCGACUUCUGAUUGAAACUCCUUCCCCACCUACCAAAAGGAAAAAGUGUCAAGUCGGCAGAUGUAGUGGGAACAAAACUAGUGACGUCUGUGAGUCAUGUAGGCGACUUGUCUGUGGGAAAUGCACUGAGCCUUCUAAGAUUAUCUGCUGUGAAUGUUGAUUAGACUUUGCUGAAACCGAAAGAUAAAAAAAAAGACUGCUGUCCCGAAAGACAUUUAUUUUUCAUCCAGUUCCUAGUUCAUUCAAAGUCAGCUGCAUCUUUUUGUUUUCUUUUUUUACUGACUUACUGAAUGUCAAUGUACUCUAAUAAACUCACUAUUUAUUAGAGUACAAAAUAAAUCUUGGUUACAAAAUAAAUCUUGAUGAAAUCUGAUUUCGUCAAGAUUUAUUUUGUAACCACCACUUGUAAAAAAAUAAAUAAUAAUUAUAGAAAAUUAAUAAUUCACCGUUGCUAAGUCUUUGGCGGACUAUUUCUCUGCUGAUCAACACUACGAAUGCUGGUAACAAAUAAAUUGUUAAAAGACACACCAUGUGAAGUUAUAAGCGGGAUAAUGCAUAGAAUGUCGCCGGUCAUUAUCGAAAAUAAGCCCCUUCAGGGCGAGGCAAGACACCUUCGCUGCUCGUCGGUGUCCUGUUUGCCCUGUCGGGGCUCAGUUUCCCGAUAAUGACCGGCGUUCUAUACAUUAUCAAUUACUUAUUACACGGCUCUUCUCAAUGCUGUAGACUGCUCCAUUCAGCAUGGGCCUUCCUAACAUUCAGCUGUCAAUCAUUUUUGUUUAUUACAUAGCUCUUCUCAAUGCAGUGUUUAACUGCCACAAAUAUUAUUUAUGUCAUUGUAUAUUGGUUUGUUACAAAUUUUAUUUUUGUACUGUUUAUUUUCAUGGAUAAUUAUUUUAUUUGUGUAAGACUAAGUAAGAACUUAAUUUUAACCUGUGUUGCAAGCGGGACGAAUUUGACUGUAACACGUCACUCAGGAAGUAAAGGGUGAACAAGACAGUUGUGAAGUAGGAGUAGUGUGGAAGCCUCCCAAAAUAAGUUUAAACCUUAAGUUUUUGCAGAGACAUUUACUGUUGAAUCGAUUUUUUUAUAUUUUUAUUAAGUAUUACAUUUGUGGACCUUUUUACUUUUGAUUUGCAAGAUUGGAUUCAUUCCCUCGGUUGUGUGCGGCCAGCGAGGUAGGGUUUAUUUCUGUCAUGUGCAUAUGUGUUUACAUUCUGUAUUUCUGUCACGUACAAACUAUGUCUUAAAUAUUACGCUGUGUAUUUAACAACCCCAGCGUAUUCGGUUGCUAAGCGCCGUCAACUACUUUGGCGAACAAUUUCUCUGCUGACCAACGCUACGUAUGAUAACAAAUACAUUGGAAAAAGACAGUGUGAAGUUAUUUUUCUAUUUGGCAAGUAGCCAUUACUAAUAAUACCAAUACUCUUUGGCUGGGAUGAUGAGGCAUCAGACAAUCAAGUCAUUUUAGCCUGAAUACAUACAUAGCACCAGAGCAGGUUGCUAGUACCAUGGAGAGUAUCAGAACGAUAAGCUGUUGAACUAAAUGGAUGUGGUAGGCUACACCACGGGAUGCAUCUGCAGACCACUGCCACAUAAAUAAAGCUAAGACGCGAUAUGUAUUGCUUAAGAUUUGCUGGUGCUGUGGCGAGGUCUUUUGUGUUUUUUGCACUCAAGUGAUCGGCUGUUUUAACUUGCAAUUGAUAUUCGGUGGAGUCAGUCUUGUUGACACAAAGUGACUUUUGGUCAUUGUUGCUUUGCUUGAAUUCUGGAAUAAUUGUUGGGAGUGCAUGAGUUUUGGUCAGAAUGCCUGAUGUAGGCUAGAUUUGGUGGAAUGCGUGUUGUGUAUUGAGAACAGCCAGCUCACGAUGUGAUGCAGCGUUCAGCUUUGCAACAACUAUUUUUUUCUUCUUCAAUCUUGACGACUUUUGUAGUGCUGUGUGCAGCCACACGUUUGGCCCUUCUGAACUUAAACACACGGUUAAUUUCCUUUCCUAGCUCCUCUUGUUUAUGUUGUUAGCUUAGCCAUAUCAUGUCACGUUGUCAACAUUGGAUAGAUGGAGCAGAUCAUAGUGGGUCAUACAGUCCUCUCCAAUAGUAUUGGAACAGUGAGGCCAAUUCCUUUAUAUUUGCUGUAGACUGCAAACAUUUGGGUUUGACACCAAAAGAUGAAUAUGAGGCAAGAGAUACACAUUUCAGCUUUUAUUUCCAGGUAUUUACAUCUGGAUCCGAUAAAUAACUUUGAAGAUAGCAUUAUUUGUAAAGGAACACCACAUUUUUAGGGGAGCAAAAGUAUUGGAA